AUGGCGACCGAAACCCAAAUCGAGGGUCUCGAAACCCAGAUCGAAUCAGUGAAUUCAAUCAGAGACAUUCCAGAUGCACCAAAACAGAAGCGAUUGGUGGUGGUCGGCCUUGGUAUGGUCGGUAUUGCAUUCAUCGAAAAGCUCAUGAAAUUAGAUGCGAAGAGAAGAGAAUGGGAUGUUAUUGUCAUCGGCGAGGAGCCGCACCUUGCAUACAACCGCGUCGGCUUGACCAGCUUCUUCCAACAUCGUCAAGUGGAGAAUCUUUACCUCAACCCUGAAUCAUGGUAUGCAUCCAUGCCAACCGGCUCCCUAUCAUAUCACCUCAACACUCUCGUCACAUCCAUCGACACCGAGAAGAAAACGAUCGAGACAAAAACGGGUGAGACCGUGCCGUACGAUGUACUCGUCUUGGCCACCGGAUCUGAUGCCAUCCUCCCAAAACACACACCUGGACAUGAUGCGAAUGGCGUCUUCGUCUACCGCACAAUCGAUGACCUGCAAAGGUUAAUAAAGUAUUCGUCAACGCAAAAAGGCAAAGUCGGCGCCGUCGUCGGAGGUGGUCUCCUCGGUCUCGAAGCUGCCAAGGCCAUGAUGGAUCUCGAAGAAUUCAGCAAAGUCAAACUCAUCGAGCGCAACAAAUGGGUCCUCAGCCGACAACUGGAUAUGGAUGCAGGAAACAUGGUCGUAGAACAAGUACGAGCGCUCGGCCUUGAGGUCCUCCUCCAAAAGCGAGUCGGCAAAAUCAACACAGACGCGGAAAACAAUAUGACCGGCGUCACCUUCGAAGACGGGGAAGUUAUGGAAUGUUCGGCGAUUUGCUUUGCCAUUGGUAUCCGUGCACGCGAUGAACUGGCGAAAAAGUCGGGAAUAACGUGUACGGAGCGUGGUGGUGGCAUCAUUGUCGGGGACGAUCUCGCCACCUCAGCACCAGAUGUCUACGCCAUUGGUGAAUGUGCCAGCUGGGAGAACCAAACCUUUGGCUUGAUUGCGCCAGGCAUUGAGAUGGCUGAUGUUCUAGCAUUCAAUCUCACCCAAGCCAAAGCUCACUCGCCUCGUGCAUUCAAACGGCCGGACCUCAGCACGAAACUGAAGCUGCUAGGCGUGGAAGUCGCCAGUUUCGGAGACUUCUUCGCUGAUCGUGACGGACCUAAGGACCUCCCCAUGAAACGACAAGACAGCGGCAAAAAACUAACCGAAGAGGUCAAGACGACGACGGCAACUCCUGACGCUUCGGCAAUUUCAAAAGUCAAGGCCUUGACGUACAGAGACCCAUUUCAGCAAAUUUACAAAAAGUAUAUCUUCACGAUGGAUGGCAAGUACCUCUUGGGUGGCAUGAUGAUCGGAGACACCAAAGACUACGUCAAGCUGGUACCCAUGGUGAUCAAGCGAAAGCCCCUCGAGGUGCCUCCAUCGGAGUUUAUUGUCGGCAAGCACAGCGGGGAUGAUGAUGCCGACGACCUCGACGAUGACACCCAGAUCUGCUCAUGUCACAACGUUACCAAAGGCGAUGUGGUCAACGGACUCAAAGAUGGCACAUGCAAAUCAAUCGGCGACGUCAAAUCCUGCACCAAAGCCGGGACUGGAUGCGGUGGGUGCAUGCCACUCGUCGAGACCAUCUUCAAGAAGACCAUGGCGAGCCUCGGGCAAGAAGUCAAGAACCACCUGUGCCCUCACUUCGAAUACUCUCGUGCAGAUCUGUUCAAUAUUGUUUACGUCCGGAAAUUGCAAUCUUUCGAAACCAUCAUGAGCACAUGCGGCAAGGACAUCAACUCCGCCGGUUGCGAAGUGUGCAAGCCUGCGAUCGGAUCUAUCUUGGCAUCAUUAUUCAACAAGCAUCUUCUUGACGGCUCAAGACGUGGUCUCACCGACACCAACGAUCGGUUCCUCGCCAACAUUCAACGCAACGGUACAUUCUCCGUCGUGCCACGAGUGUCUGGUGGCGAAAUCACGGCCGACAAGCUCAUUGUUCUGGGAACGGUGGCCAAGAAAUACGACCUCUACUGCAAGAUCACGGGUGGUCAACGUAUCGACCUGUUCGGCGCGAAGAAGCAAGAUCUUCCACGCAUCUGGCAAGAACUCAUUGACGGCGGCAUGGAGUCCGGCCAUGCAUACGGCAAAUCGCUCCGAACGGUCAAAUCCUGCGUAGGGACCACGUGGUGCCGCUAUGGCAUUGGUGAUUCCGUCGGCAUGGCCGUCCGCCUGGAGGAGCGCUACAAGAGUAUCCGCGCGCCACACAAGUUCAAGGGCGGUGUCUCGGGCUGCGUGCGUGAAUGUGCCGAAGCACAGAGCAAAGACUUCGGUCUGAUCGCGACGGACAAGGGCUUCAACGUAUUCGUGGCGGGUAAUGGCGGUGCCAACCCCCGUCACUGUGACCUCCUCGCCAAGGAUGUGCCCCCAGAUGAAGUCAUCCCGAUCCUGGACCGCUUCAUCAUGUUCUACAUCCGCACAGCAGACAAACUCCAGCGCACGGCACGUUGGGUCGAGAACCUCCCCGGCGGGAUCAAAUACCUCAAAGAAGUCAUCCUGGAAGACAAACUGGGCAUCUGCGCCGAGCUCGAAAAGCAAAUGGAGGAGCUCGUCGGCACCUUCUUCUGCGAAUGGACCGAAGCCCUCGCAGAUCCCGAACGCCUCAAAGUCUUUGAACAAUUCGGCAACACCAGCGACAACCUCGACGGGACGGAAAAGGUCGUCGAGCGGCUCCAGAAACGUCCCGUCCACUGGCCCAAGGACUCCGCCACCGUCGACUUCCGCGGCACACAAUGGACAGCACUCACCUGGCAACCGAUGGCGCGCAUCGACCAAUUCGUCGACGCGGCCACCGGCUCCUCCCUCGCCGUCAAACGCGGCGACACCCAACUCGCGCUGUUCAAGGUCAAGGGCCGCUACUACGCGACGCAGCAGAUGUGCCCGCACAAACGCGCCUUCGUGCUCAGCGACGGGCUGAUCGGCGACGACUACAAGACCGACAGCCUCUGGAUCAGCUGUCCGCUGCACAAACGCAACUACACGCUGUCCGGCCCGAACGCCGGCGAGACCAGCCCGUCCGGCGCCGACGGCAAGGAAGCGGCCGGGAAAUGCUCCAACGACGAGACCGUCAACAUCGCGACCUUCCCCGUCGAGGCGCGCGAGGACGGCCUCGUCUACGUCAAGCUCCCGCCGAUCGAGGAGCUGGACUCGGUCCUCGGCACGAGCAAGUGGAUGGUCCGCGAGAGCGAGACCGAGGGCGUCGUCGCGAAGGACUUUGAGCAGCUGGACCGGAAGUUCAACAUGAAGGGCCGGAAGGGCGUGCUCAUGAGCUCCGCGCAGAGCCACCUGCCGGGGGGAUUGGGCGCGCCGGCGAAGGCGAAGGCGAUCCUGGCGGGCGGGGAGAGCGGGAAGGGCGGUGGAGGGCUGGAUUGGUGA